AUGGAGAAGGACAAUGAUGAGGGUUCAACUGGUCUCUCUACUGAUGGAGGAAAAUUUAUUGCCAUGACAAACGUUUCACCCCCACCUGCAGCAGACGAACUUAUAAGUGCCGCUCAAAUCAUAAAUCUGUAUUAUCUGAUAGCAGGGAAGAUACAAUUGGUGCGGAAUGAACAGCUCCAGGGAAGAUUCUCCAGAUUGGCUUCGCUCUUUUCAGGUAUGUGCUCUUUUCAGGCACCAACUUCUAAUGUGACAUUAUCUUCCGAUUCCGAUUCUUUGCCAAAUGGUGACUUUGUUAUUUACAACUUGUGUAUGAAUGAUACAGGGAGUGAGGAGGAUGGAAAGGUUUCUAUGGAAGAAAUGUCCAAGAAAGGCUUGUUGUCUCAUACAGCAAAUAAUUCAAUUCGGACUUUAUCGUCAGAUUCUGAAUCUUCUCCUAAAAGGAAGGAGAAAGGGUAUUUAUCUCAAGAAAGUGGUGAGACCAGUGAUCUAGUUCUGACCGGAAGAGCCGAAAAGUCUCCACGAAAGAAGACUUCUAAAGGAAUAUCUCCAAAAAAGAGGGUAAAAACUGGGGGUCAGACUCCCAAAAGGGAGAAGAAUGUAAAAGAUGAUGCAAAGGUAACAGAAAAUUAUGGUAACGUGGAAACUGCCGAGGAGGCGGCAUUAGAAAAACACAUUGAACCUCAUGCUUCCACCUCAAUGUUGCCUUUGGUACUGUCUGAGAAAGUACAACGCUCAAAGGCACUUGUUGAAUGCGAAGGGGAUUCCAUUGAUUUGAGUGGUGAUAUGGGGGCUGUUGGUCGAAUUGUAGUUUCUGGUUCUGCAUCUGAAAAUCACGAGGUGUUCUUAGACUUAAAAGGAACCAUAUACAAAACAAAAAUGGUUCCUUCCAGAACAUUUUGCAUCGUUAGCUUCGGUCAGACCGAGGCCAAGAUAGAGGCCAUCAUGAAUGACUUCAUUCAGCUGAAGCCACAAUCCAAUGUUUAUGAAGCAGAAACAAUGGUGGAAGGUACGCUAGAGGGCUUCUCGUUUGAUUCUGAAGAUGAAGCUGAGAAGAUGCCGAAGGCAAUUCCUCAUCAAACCGAGGAGAUUGAUGGGCAAAUGAAUGGGAAGUCCAAGGGAAGAGCUGAGAAAACAUCUAUGGCGUCUCGGAAGAGAGGUAAACCAGUUGGAGGGAAGUCACAGUCAGCCAAGAAAGCAAGAAAGAAGACUGGCAUUUCAAAGAAACCCAAGGCCAAAAAAUAACUCAAGACAAAUCAAUGCUCAAAAUACUCUUGU